AUGAAUAAAAUCUUUAUUAUUGGAUUGAUUCUUGGUGUAAGCCUAUGCCAACAAAGAACAGUAAUUGAUAGACUGCAGGGCACUUAGGUUGUGGAGGAAGGACAUAAUGAGACAAUAUAUAAUAUUCAUUAUUAUGAGGAGGAGGACCCAAAGGAAAAGUAUGAAAAAUUGAUGAACAAUUUAUUGAGUUUAAGUAAGCUUUGAUAUAAUCAAGACCAAACACAACUUUUAACUUGUCAAAAGGGUGGCAGCCACGAUUUUUUCGGUAUGUCAUUCCAAAGAGUUGGAAGACUAAACCAUGAACUAAACUAUAUAGAACUUAAAUAAUUUGAUGAUGAUUGCUACGCUUUAGUGAGAGUGAGUUACGAAUAUAAUGAUGCUGAAAAUCGAGUUUAGGUGACCUUCGAGCCAGGAUAAUUUAAAAACGGAAAAUAAUGCUCAGAAUUUUACAUGAUUGGAACAACUUUGAAUUACAAUAUUGUAAAAAUUAAGAAUGGUAAUAUAUUACAAAAAAAUGUAUUUAGGACAUGACCAUAAGGUUUUCUUCCAUUUUAAAAAUGAAAAGCAAAAGGAAGCAUUUAAAUUGGCGGGAGCUUACAUCUUCAGAACCUGUAAUCAUUUUGAUUAUUGGAUCGGAGAUUUGUUAACCACAAUUGAAUUAUUUUUUGGAGGAUUUUCAGCUAAUCCAUAUUUGGGUCCAGUCUUCGGUAGUUAUCCACCAGAAUGGAUGAUUAGAUCAAAUAUAGAAUUUAUUGAGAAAGCUACAGGAUAUAGAUGGAAGGAGAGACCCAAUGUUGAAAUAGAAUGGUUAGAAGCAGAGAUUCAUUAAGGAGACUUUUUGGCUAUUACUAGAUUUGAUGGAUUAGAUUAAAUUAUAGAAUGGGGAACAGGAAGUAGAUCAGGACAUAGUGCUGUUAUCUUUGAAAUAGAUGGUGUUAAAUGGGUCGUAGAAUCAUAAGAUGCUUGGUAUUGGCCUAAGAAGAAUAUUCAAAAGAACAGAUGGGAAGAUUGGAAAGUCUAUGCUAAGAAUGCAGGAUUCAAUGUAGCCAUAUUGCCAUUAAGUCCAGAGAAGAGAGCUUAAUGGGAUUAAGAGGGUGCUCUUAAAUUCUGGAAAUUUAUGGAAGGGUAACCAUAUGGUUAUCACAAUUUUAUAUUUGGAUGGAUAGAUACACCAAAAGAUAAUUAUCCCAGUUUUUUGAGUGCUGAAUUAGCUACUUACAUAUUCUCAUUCAUAGAGAAGUUUGCUCCUAGUAUUUCAACUAAAAUGGUUGGUGAAGCAUUAAAUAAGAGAUUAGGAACUGAAGGUUUGACAAUCCCAGAUAUCACAAUUGAGGCAGCUAAGAGAGGAAUUGAAAUUGUAAUACUCUUAUAUAUAAAUUAAGGCUGAAUUAUAUGCCAUGGUUGAGAAGGAUGAAUGGAUUUACAGUGAUGGACCAAGUUAAGUAUGUUCUUCAUUUGUUAUUGGAUUGUAUAAAGCAGCUGGCUUAUUUGGAGAAUAUCAUAUUUAAGCAACAGAGUAACUAUUCAUUAUAUCUAUAUAGAUUUACACCCAAAGAUGUUUAUUAGUUGAACUUCUUUGAUAAAAAUUAUAAUGUUCCUAAAAAAUGCAAACUCAAUGAUCCUGAUUUGCCUUAUUGUUAAAUCAUGGGAACUCAUAGAAUGGAGUUGGAAGGUUAUAAUACAAUAGAUCCAUAUGAACGUAUGAAUGAGAGAUGUCCAAGUAUAGCUCCUGACUAUAAAAGACCAGAUAAUUGCUGAUUUAAUAAUAAAAUAUUAAU